AGGCGGAGUCGGUGACGAUUCAAAACACUGACACGAAUUAUCCCUGGUAUAUUCUGGGUGCUCCGUUUUUUUUCUGGACGUUUCGGCUCAGCUGUCUGUGACGCAGGGCUAAGAGCCGAACCAGGAAUAAAGGCAUACGGGUACGGACAUUUAGGUGUGGGAAAGCCGUGACAAGUUAUGUGCCUCAGUCGGCCAACAAGACGGACAUUGAGGGACGUAUAGCCCGGAAUUACACCGCGGUGUACCUUAGAGGAGUUAUACACUCGUUCGUAUCAAUUCUCACGCAGAGCAUUCCAGCGACUUUCCAAAAUACUUUGCUCCCGUUUUAAGACUGCGAGGAGACUCUGCAUCUGCUUGCUGAAUAUACUUCCAAAAAAGGGGCAGCAAGGGUGAGGGGGGAAGACAUGGUGGAUUACUAUGACGUUCUGGGAGUGUCGCGAAACGCCUCCUCAGAAGACAUCAAAAAGGCGUACAGGAAGCUAGCCCUGCAGUGGCACCCAGACAAGAACCCGGACAACAAGGAGGAGGCAGAGAGGAAGUUCAAGGAGAUAGCUGAGGCCUAUGAAGUUCUGUCUGACACAAGCAAGCGAGAAGCGUAUGAUCACUUUGGCAAGGAUGGCGUGCCCAGUUCAGGCUCCAGUGGAUCCUCCAGCCCAGAUUUCCCAGGAUUCACCUUCACAUUCCGCAGCCCGGACGAGGUCUUCCGGGAGUUCUUCGGGGGCCAGGAUCCGUUUGCCAGCUUCUUCGCAGACGACUUCCCUUUUGGCGGGAUGCAUGGCGGGUUCCACGGGCAAUCUGGCGCCUCGCGGCUCGGACCCAGCCGCUUCUUCUCCUUCCCGUCGGCCGGAGUGGACUUCACCACCUUCUCCUCCUCCUCCAUGGGGGGACUGGACAGGGGGAUGGGUGGAGGGAUGGGGAACUUCAAGUCCGUCUCCACAUCCACACGUAUCAUCAACGGGAAACGUACCACCACCAAAAAAAUCCGAGAGAAUGGUCAGGAGAGAACAGAGAUUGAAGAGGACGGGGUCUUGAAGACCAUCCUGAUUAAUGGUGUUGAGGAUGAAAUGGCCCUCGCAUUGGAGCUGAGUCGUCGGGAGCUACCGAGCCAGACGGCGACGCAGCAGCCUGUCCGACAGGAGAGCUACCUGCUGGAGCAGCCCGGCCUCAGCUCCCGCGGCCAGGCACAGCGGUCCUUCAGCUCCGCCCCUUUCUACAACUGCCCCGAUGGGAGCGAGGACGAGGAGGAGGAUGAAGACCUGCAGAUGGCCCUGGCCUGCAGCCUCUCAGAGCUGGAGGCCCAGCAGCGCGCAGCGGCUGCCGAUGUGAUCACAGGUGCUGGGGGCGUGGCCACAGAGCAGGGGGGCAGGGCCAGGGAGCCAGGGGGCGUAGAGGGGGGUAGAGGCGGGACGGUAGUCAGGGAGCAGCCCAGAGCAGCAGAGGAGAGGACGGGGGUGACACACCACAGGACUCGGGAGGAGGGGAGGCCCGUGGGGAAAGCGGAGGAGAAUAGCGCCCUGGAGCCUACAGCGCCCCCACUGGAUGGGAGGAGGGAUUCCAACGGGAACAUCAAAAAGAAAAAGAAGUACAGAUGCCUGAUGUGCUGAGCAGCACUGUUCCCAGAUCAGUGGGGGGACGGGGGGGGGACGGGGGGUGUGCAUGUCCUUUUCAGUGUGUCUUCUUCUCCUAGCAUGGAACUGACAGUGGCCUUCACACUGCUGAAGUUAGUAUAGUGUCUUGGCUGCAAGUAAAAGCAUUGUGCCUCUCGUGCAGCCACUUUUUCUCGUGGUAGAGGAAAAGUUCCGCUGUAGAGCUGGUCAUUUCUACGGGUGAGAGCUGGUAAUAUCGUAACUAACCGAGUGACGGGCUCACUGAAUGUUUCAUAGUGAUUUUGAACUGUUGUGUCAGUAUUGUAUUGGCUGGAUGCACAAGGCCUUCCCAUACCUCAGAAGAAAUGACAAGUCUGCCUUUUCCUAGAGUGACCACCAACACUGAAUGCCAAACAAUUCCUGCUGGCCUUUUCUCCAGCCUCUUUGCGUAAUUAUCCCACUUGUUUAUGAAAGAAAUGACUUACCAUAGUACAAUUACCCAAUGAAAUUUGGGGAAACCGCAGCACAGACCCGAUGGCCUGGGAAUGUUAAGUUAAGAGAGUAGGGCUCGCCCACUUCCUGCCUUUUAGCAGCUAACUGGUCAUUUACUUCCUGUUUCCUACAUCCUGUGAAUGUUUCAGUGGACAAGGCAAGGGUGCCUGCCCUGAGGUGAGCACUCUACCUGUCCGCCUGUGUCCCUGGUCUACUCAGCGCCCUGGGCUUUCAGUUUCUCAGAUUUACUUUAUGAGGCCCGUUAUGGUGGGAGAGGAAUUUCUGAUUGAGGAGGGAUACCAAGAUAUCUCCCAAAAUAAUUAAGAAUUGUAAAUAAUUUUUGUGAGUGGACAUGUUAUGCAUUUUUCUUUUUUGCAUAGCUUUACUUCCUUUUGGUGGCUUUUUUUUAAGGUACCUUAAACCUUCCCCUAGUGUUAAUUUUUACAGCAUAUCUCUUAGGAGACAAACCAACAUGUUUUGAUAUACAGCCCUCGAACAAUAAUUUGUGAUGGGAAUAUGUGCAAUUGAAUAGUUUUUAAGAGAGGGGGAAAAGAAUGAAUGUUAACUGCUAUAAUUAUAUGAUAUAACGCUAUAAUCAAGCUCCUGUAUAUGAGAUGAGAACAAGAAUGUACAAAAUUGUCUGUUGUUUAGUGCCUUGGUGGGGACGGCCAUCCGAUUAGCAGCUGUGUCAAGCUUCCUUACCCAAGCUGUGGCGGGAUAAAACCAACAGAAUUCAGAUUCGCUGCUAAUGUGAUAGUCUGCUUUGUGCUGACAAUGUGAAAGCGCAAGUUGACCUGUUUUUAAAGCGAUGUUUAAAAAAAAUAUUUUGUGCUUGGCAGCAUUGUCAGUGAGUGUAAGUCAUUGUGUAAUAUCCAGCACAGCGCCGGCGCAUGAUGGGAUUGAGGAAGACUGCUUGUAUUUACAAAUUUGACAUUUCAGCGGAUAUCCUCUGCCGUUUCAUCACUGAAAUGAUUUAUCUUUGCUUCUAAAAACUGACAGAACCAUUGAAACAACAUCGAAUAGCAAUAGGAGGACAUUUUUUUUUUAAAUCAGUGAAUAUUUCAUGCAGCAAUAAAACAGAAUACGUUCACAUGCGUGAACAGCACAAUUACUCUUUGCUGUUCCCCUAACUGCAGAGGACUGCCGCUGUACACGCGCUCUACCCCACACCCUACUACAGAGUAUUACUGCACAUUAACUCCUCCACUGCCACUGCACCCUUAAUGAGAGCUGUGCUCACGGACUACACAGGGAAACUGCAUUUCCUACUGUUAACUGUUUUUAUAUUUAAAAGAAGAAAAAAAAAAAAAAAAAUGCUGUUGUAACUGCUGAUUAUUUCUUUGUGACUGCCAGUUAAACACGCAAAAAACAAUAAAACGACGAGAAAGUUAAAGCAA